UUUCGCACGUUCAAAAUUGGGCGCCAAUAAAAGUCAGCUUUUCGCUGGAACGACGUCGCGUUGGCGGGUGACCGGCGAUUUCACUAGUACAAUUCGUGUCGAGACUCCGAGAGAUGUGCGUUGUUAUCUUCUUCAACCCGAUGAUGAGCUUUAAGCUUGAAAUCCGGCUAGCUGAGAACAACAAACUAUGUCAGUGUCGGUCAGACUGGCUUCGCCACCGCAGUCGCAGCACGUCUCCCAGAUGCAGGGCAAACCGAAUCAGGUGGGAACGGUGGUCCUUUACGGCGUGCCGAUAGUCUCACUGGUGAUGGAGAACCAGGAAAGGCUCUGCCUCGCUCAGAUCAGCAACACCCUGUUAAAGGCGUUCUCUUACAACGAGAUUCACAACCGUCGCGUCGCGCUGGGCAUCACAUGCGUGCAGUGUACGCCAGUUCAGCUCGAGAUGUUACGCAGAGCUGGCGCGAUGCCGGUAUCCUCAAGAAGAUGCGGUAUGAUAACACGUCGCGAAGCUGAGAGGCUUUGUAAGUCUUUCUUGGGAGACAACACUCCUCCGAGGCUGCCUGAGGAUUUCGCCUUUGCUGUUCAUCACGACUGCGCUUGGGGCUGUAGAGGCGCUUUCCUCCCUUCUAGAUAUAAUUCAUCAAGAGCAAAAUGUAUCAAGUGCUCCACUUGUGGCCUCUUCUUCUCUCCCAACAAGUUCAUAUUCCAUUCGCACAGAAGCGGCCCAGGGGCGAAGUACGUCCAGCCGGACGCAGCCAACUUCAACUCUUGGCGGCGGCACAUGCGUUUAAGCGGUUCUCCACCUGAAGAGGUGGUGCACGCCUGGGAAGACGUAAAGGCAAUGUUCAACGGCGGUACGAGAAAGCGGAUGUUGACCGGGACCGGACAAAAGAACUCGAGGAGACGAUCCGACUCACCGCCUCCGACUUCUCCGGCCCCGGCCGCCCCCAGAGUCCCGCCCCUGGUGAUGGAUUACGUCUGGAAAACACCCCUUUACCCAAUGUGGCUUCCCCCCGCCCCGCUCCUUUUACCGCCUCCACCGGGAGCUGAUGCAAAAUCCGGCCAUUACGGAUCUUCGGCUUUUACACCGGUCUUUCCGGGUCCGACGAGCAGAAGCGGAGAUUCAGACAGUGAGGGCACUGUAGACAUCGAGACCUGCCCAGAAGAAGACGUCAAACCACUCUGGAGCCCAAUCUCACCGAAAGACGAAGGCAGUUCUAAACCUCCGGAGAAAAAGGAAUCGACCUCGCCCGCUAUAGCUGAAGUUUCAGAAGGAAAAAUCAAGGGCCUCGACUGGGUCGCACAUUUCCCUUUGGACGCUCCUCAGCUCUAUCGUGAGCACAUGGCAAGACAGCUUCAUUUUAUGAGAGAACUGGUCUCACCGAGCAGCACUGGAGAAACAAGUGCGGGCGCUUUUCGCCCAGUCACAAGAUCGCCGGAUUCAACCGUACCAAAUUUAUCAGGAAAUGACUGCGGAGGAAGCAUGUCUCCUGUGGAUUGCACUACGUGCGCGGCCUACACGGCCAUGAUCCCGGAAUCAGUCAAACUUCCCAGAAAUUAGAAAAAAUAAAUAAAAACAAAAAAGGGAAAAUUCAUGCACACCGGUUGUGAUCCGGUUAGACCGCUUCUAUGUUUUGCGUGUUCCUCAUCCAAGUCCCGUGGCGUUUUAGCGACCCUGGGACCGUUUGGAAAAAAAAUUUCAAACCCUCUCUUCCGAGAAUUUUAUCAAGAUUAAGCUUUGGAUUAAAAGGACUGAAUCGUGCAAUAUAUAAAAUUUUAUUUGUGAUUAAGCACGUUGUUGUUCCAUUAAGCCUCAUCUAGUCAACACGUAGGUUGUGUCAAUCACCCUUGGUUUUUAAUCAUGCCUAAUAAAAAUAUCAAUUAUAAAUAUAUAUGAUAUGUAAAUUAGAUAAGACCGUGUAAAUAUUGUUUAUUUAUUUUAUCGUCCAAUCAUAAUUGGAAUUGUUUAAGUUUUGGAUUUGUUGGACAUUUAAAUAGUUUAUUGUUUUGUAACGCAUGUGUGUAUAUGUAAGAUAGCAAUUAGCGAAACGUUUUUGUUGUGUUCCUAUUAUAUUUUUUCAAA